CUGCAGUAACACAGUUUCCUAUGUUUGUCAAACGAUCAACUUCAUUACUCGCACUUUUUAGUUGGAAUAAUCUAGCGUAUUAUACCGUCGGCUAUCUAUAACAAACGUUGAUCGUAAGAUUUCUGCGUUUGAUAAGCAAACCAGUAAACUACUGUCGACCAUUAAUCACUGAUUUGAUUUAUAAAAAGUACUCAAGUGGGUAAAAAAACGAAAUUAUAUCAGUGAAAACUAUCGGUCACGUGAUACCGGUGAAUGUUACACAAAGUACUAGCGAGCUGCGUAUUGGAAGGCCGGCCACAGGUAGUGACCUCGGCAUUGAAGUCUCUUCGCCGAGACAACGUCGUUCAACAGUUAUCGUGUGUUCGACUUCCUGACUGAUGGAAAAAUAGCCGCGUUGUUUAAGUAAUACGAGUAAAAUUGAAUUGUUUUAUUAUUUAUUUAUUUAUGUUUUUUGACCGGGCAACUAUUUUGCAACUUAAGAUUUCCCACGGCAAUAGAAUGCUAAUUUAUUUUACCCUUUAAUUAUAAUUUUUAGAUGAUUAUUAUUUAUCACUGAAUUAACUAUCUAUCAAGUAUAGAAGUAUAGUGUUUACUCGCGCCCGAAAACCGCACAGUUGUUGUUCUCACUACCGCACCCACCGGUUCAUAAUUGCUUUUGUUCUUCACUGUGAUAUUAUACACUUUGUGAGUAAUUAUAAUUUGGUUUUUAAAAUUUUAUUUUUGAAAAAUAUCCUUUUAUAUUUGAAUAAGAAAAAUGGAAAAGCCUUGUCGGUAUGACUUAUCCGCGAUUAAAAGAUCACUGGAGUUGGCUGAAACUCUUGCCAGUGUUAGCUUAAUGACAUCGCCAGCUGCAAGACGACGUUUACAAGCAAGAAGUGUCGAACUAGGACUAAGACCAGGCCAACCGUAUGAACCACCCAGAGAAUUACUUUUGUACUUGGUUAGGAUGGGAAGUUUUACAUCUACUGUGAAAAUUGACAAUGAAGAUUCCCAAGACAAGGAUUUAACGUUUGAAAAUCUUGUAACCUAUCAACAAUUACUUGAAUAUUGCCGUACUCACAAUAAUCAAUGGCCUAACUCACAACUCAUAAAAAGAACAUUUACAUCAAUCCCAUAUGACCCAGAUAGUGUUGACGGAAAUCCUGUAAGAGUACUUCAGUGGAAUGUUUUGUCACAAGCAUUGGGACAAAAUAAUGAUAGAUUUGACAGUUGCCCUUUGGAAGCUUUAGAAUGGAAACAUAGAAGAUGUCAUAUGCUUGAAGAAAUUCUAAGACAUAAUCCUGAUGUUAUUUGUUUACAGGAAGUUGAUCAUUUUGAUUUCCUCAGCAGAGCUCUAGCCACGCAAUCUUAUAGCGGUCUAUUUGUACCUAAACCAGAUUCCCCAUGUGUGUAUAUAAAUGAUAAUAAUGGACCUGAUGGUUGUGCAAUAUUUUACAAAAAUGAUAAGUUUGAUCUACUAGAAAAACACGAUAAAGUAUUGCAAGUAUGGACAGUGCACAGUAAUCAGGUGUCAUUACUAUUAGUACUUAAAGAUAAAAGUACACAAAAAGAAUUAUGUGUUUCUACUACUCAUCUAAAAGCUCGUAAAGGAGCCUUGCUUUCAACCUUGCGAAACGAACAGGGGAAAGAUUUACUACAAUUCAUAUCUUCUCAUGCAGCUGGCCGCCCAACAAUUGUUUGUGGUGAUUUUAAUGCAGAACCUACAGAACCAGUUUACAGUACCAUGUGUAGUUGUUCUUAUUUACCACUAGAUAGUGCAUAUAAAUUGUCUGGCUCAGAACCACUGUACACUUCUUGGAAGAUUCGUGGAGGCGAAGGCGAAGUUAUGCAUACCAUUGACUACAUGUUUUACACUAAACAUAAAUUAACUGUUAGUAACAUACUAGACAUGCCAAAAGAAAUUGAUAUUGGUGAAAAUAGAGUACCAUCUAUGACUUAUCCAUCAGAUCAUUUUUCUUUGAUAAGUGAUUUUUAUUUUAACAGCAAUACAAGUGUUUGUGAAUAAUUUUAUUUUUAUGAUUUUAUUUCAACUAUAGUAUUUAAAGUAGAACCUCAUUAACCUGGACCCCAAUAGACCGAUUAGCUAUUUAAGGCUGUUUUCAUGUUUAUUUUAGAAUAAAAGUUUCACAAAUUUCCCAGUUGUAAUUGUGACUAAAUACCAAUUACAUACUGACAUUCGCAUUAUCUAAUGCUUGAUUGCGGCAGUCAGUUGCCUAUUAUGGUUUGUUGUGUUUCGUGUAUUUCAUAUUAGUAAAUUUAUAUUUUUUCAUUAUUAUUUUUAUACAUACAUAUUAUAAUGUCGUUGAGUAAACCUAUUCAUAGUAGAAAAACAACUAAAGAUCUGCAGUUUCUUCAAACCAUUAUAAUGAUUAUAUGUAUGUAAUGGUUUAGUAGUGUCUAAUACUAUGUAUGUAUCUUGUAUAUUGUAAUACAUAUUUUUAAAUGUUUAUUACACAUUUUUUGGGUUAUUUUAUUUAAUCUGGACAGCUUAGAGCUCCAAUUAGUCUGGAUUAAUAAGGUUCUACUGUAUCUGCACUUUUUCUUUUAAAAAUUAUAAGGUAGAUAAUUUUUAUUUUCAUAAGGAAUUGAGUAUUGACAAUAUUAUUUAUAAAUUAUUUUAAAGUUUGUUAAUGUUGACCAUGUAUUGUUAGUCCAAUAGUACUUACUUAAAAUGUGUGUACUUUAUGUAUUCGGUUUGAAUACUUAUUUCUUUUACCAUUUUACCAACUAUUUUUUAUGAGCACAAUGAAGGAACUAAAUAACCAUAAAUUAUAAGAGUGUGUUUACCAAUCAAGACUACAAAUAUAGUAAACAUAUUUAUUUAAAAGAAAAAAAAGAGAUCAAAAUAUUUUAUUUAUAUUUAUUUAUAAGAUAUUAUGACUUAUUUAAAAUCUAUAUUUAUUAUUAUUUAUUUAUUUAUUUAUUUAUUUUAUUUAUGUAUUUUAAUAAAUAUCAGAUUUGUUGUAAAAAUUAA